AUGGCUGGUAUUAUUGCUAUUUACGGACUUGUGGUGGCAGUUCUUAUUGUUCAGCGUGGUCAGGAUCUGAAGAAACUUGAUGUGUCUCUAAAUCAGCUUGGUGCAGGUCUAAGUGUUGGACUUAGUGGUCUUGGAGCAGGCUUCGCAAUAGGUGUAGUUGGCGAUGCUGGUGUGCGUGGCACUGCUCAACAGUCAAGACUGUUCGUGGGAAUGGUCCUUAUCCUUAUUUUUGCUGAAGUCCUUGGUCUCUAUGGAUUAAUUGUCGCACUUAUCUUGUCAACAAAGUAAAUUCCUUUACCUCGAAUGUUCUACUUACUCUACUGUCGUUCAUUAACCGAACAUGUCAGAACCAUCUACUCUUUUGACCUACUUAUCAAUAUAUCACUGAUUAAAUGUCGUCUGUGAAAUUUAUUCUGUGACGUGAUAAUCACUUACACAAUGAAAAUCACAGUGUAAUAACCGUGUACAAAACUUGAGAAAAAUCGGCUUUGGCUGGAUGUACAUGAUUUAGAAUGGAGUGCUAAGUUAAGUAGGAUACAUGAAUGUCAGCGUGUCACAAAGUAAUCGAGAUACUCAAUGACCACACUGAUAUCCCUUUAUCCAUUUACCUAGCCAAGCACUUCAUUCCAAACCAUGUGCAUCCAGCCAAAGCCGAUUUCCCCCAAGUUUUUGACUUUGUUAGUACACUAUGAUUUUCAUUUUGUAAAUGAUUACCACUGCAAACUUGCAAGUGGAUUGUGUCAAGUUAACUAGCUCUUCAGUUGGAAUGCA